ACAGACUGCCUUUCUACUGAUAUAGGUAGUGCACGUCUGUGAAGGUGUAGCCUAAUUCACAGAAUGACAGAAAGUAUUGCGUGCUGGGCUACCGCAAAUGUGCACAAAGGCGAUGUGCACCUACUGUUUCGGUUAAACAUCCUUUCUUUUCAAACAGGAAGUUGCUGUACGUUUUUUUCUCGCACUCGCUCUCACCGUGUCGCGCGCUUGAUCCAUAUUCCGCACAAUUUGCUCUUGGAUGCACGACUUUUGUAACUAUCCGACGAAACUCCACUGGGACUUUAACAACAAAUCAUUUUUUUCGAUGUAAAUCGAUAAGCUUUGUGACUUUGAGGAUACCUUGAUACAUUACAAUUCCUGUUAUUUAGGCUACUUGUUAUUUAUUUAGCUUCACCCAGAAGCGUAAAAAAAAACUAUUGGAAAGGGACAAAUGAAUUCAAUCUAUUAUGAAGGGGACCCCCCAACAUCGGGGAUCCCCGACGACCUGUCGCAAGGGAAUGGUCAAGAAGAACUCGACUUUCGCCACCUGUUUCUCUACAACCCGCCAGGAAACGAUGAGGAUGAACAAGUUUGUGCAGGGGGGGACCCACACGCCCAAGAUGCCCAGGACACUCUCAGCCCUGAGGCCUGCCUCCAGGAGAACCACACCCCUUACAGCCUGGAGUCCCUGUGUGACUCCCCGUACCACGCUGGGGGGGCCUCCACCACCGAUGGCCUGUCCAGCUCGGAGGCCCACGACGACCUGGGGGAGUUUCUGGAGCACUCCCACCCCCUCCGCCCCGGAGGCCCGCGCAUCGAGAUCACGUACUCGGAGUUGCACCCCCACGACCACCCGCACACGGAGCCCCUGGACAUCGGGCCGCGGCCCUGCCUCACCGUGCCGGGUUACUGCGACAGCAGCAUUUACCGCGGCGACGUGCAGUGCCUGAGCCCAGCCAGCAGCAACUCGUCCACCAGCUGGUCGGAGGCGUGCUCUCCUUGGACGUCCCCUUGCGUCUCCCCGACCGCGAUCCCCGAGCUCUGCCCCCGCCUGCAGGGCCUCCACACGGCCGGAUCGCCCCGCACCUCCCCCACCACCUCUCCGCGGAACAGCAUCACCGAGGACACCUUCCUGGCUGGCCGGCGUUCCUCCUCGCCGCACCCGGGCUCCCGCUCUGCCUCCCCCAAGGGCAAACGCACCUACGACCAGUACCAGAACCCCAGCCGGGUCGCCCCUCGCUCCCGCAGCCCCUCGCCCCACCCAGACGAGCGGUUUGACCCGUCCGGGUCCAAGUCUGGGCCGGCUGGUGCGGCUGGCGGGGGCCCCGGAUGUUUCGAUGAGCUGGAGUUGGUCAGCAGCCUAAGCGGCAGCCUGCCGAAACCCGUCCCCACUAAGAUGGUGCGCCCGAGCUUCGGGAGCGUGGUGUACCAAGAGAGCCAGUCGGACGGCAGCCUGCACUACCAGCACGAGGUGAAGACGGAGCCGGCCGUGAGCCUGGAGACGUUCUACGUCAUCCCUUCCGCCUGGCCCGGUCAGAUGGCCCACGGAGUGUGCAGUGCUCCGGUGACCUCCCUGCCCUCGCUGGAGUGGCCCCUCCGCAGCAGCACGGAGCAGCUGGAGCUGCUGAUGGAGGUUCAGCCCAAGUCCUACCACCGCGCCCACUACGAGACCGAGGGCAGCCGCGGGGCGGUCAAAGCACCCACAGGAGGACACCCUGUAGUCCAGUUGCGUGGGUAUUGCGGGCAUGAGCCGCUGGCCCUGCAGGUGUUCAUUGGCACGUCGGAGGAGCGCACGCUGAAGCCACACGCUUUCUACCAGGUGCACCGCAUCACCGGCAAGACCGUCACCACGUCCAGCCAGGAGAGAAUCAUCAACGGUAUCAAGAUCCUGGAGAUCCCACUGGACCCCAAAGACAACAUGAGGGCCGUCAUUGACUGUGCAGGGAUCCUGAAGCUGCGCAACGCUGACAUCGAGCUGCGGACGGGCGAGACGGAUAUCGGGCGCAAGAACACACGGGUGCGUCUGGCCUUCAGGGUCCACGUGCCCCAGCCGGGUGGCCAGUGGGUCUCACUGCAGGUGGCCUCGCAGAUUAUUGAGUGUUCGCAGCGCUCUGCUCACGAGCUGCCUGCUGUGGAGCGCCAGGAUGCGGACCAUUGCUCGGUUCUGGGGGGGCAGCAGAUGAUUCUCACGGGCCAGAACUUCACCUCCGACUCCAAGGUGGUGUUCAGUGAGAAGACACACGAUGGGCUUCAGAUCUGGGAGGCUGAGGCCACUGUGGACCGAGACAAGAGCCAGGCUAGCAUGCUGUUUGUGGAGAUCCCGCCCUAUCGUGACCACACCAUCUACUACCCGGCCAAAGUCAACUUCUACGUGCUUAACGGGAGGAGGAAACGCAGUCAGCCCCAGCAUUUCACCUACACUCCCCUCACCGCUUGUAGCAGAGAGCCCUCCGCCUCAUGGAUCCCACCUUGUGUGGAUGAGUUUGUGUGGGUCAGCUCGGCCACAGGAAGUGACAUCGCUCAAGCCCCGCCUGUAGUGCCGUUCAUAAAGACGGAGCCGGUGGACGACUUCCAGUUUGGGCAGCUGGGCUGUGCCGUGUCUCAGAUCCUGGGCGUCUCGCCCUCAUCCCGCCACACCCACCCUGUGCCCUCCCAGAUGCCCCUGGACGGUUGUGAGGUGCCAAGCCUUCCCUCGCACCACCUUCACCAGCAGCCAGUGAUACACAACGCCUAUGCCACCCUGGACCCAGAGUACCAGCUGCAGUGCCCGCCAGUCGUCUACCGGCAGGCGAGAAGUCUGGGCAGCAGCCCUGUGAUGUAUCAGCCCAUCCUGGGGAGCUACCCAGGCCGGAUGACCAGCAUGCCCGCCCAGCACAGCCCGGGAUCGGGCACCAACCACAUCGGCAUUGCUGGGUACGGUGCCAGGGCGGUCAGUGCAUCUGUGCUGGCUGAGCACCACCGGGUGGUUAUGAGUAAUAGCUUCCAGGAGGCCGCUUCGCGCUUCCCUGAAGCCAGUGGUGUGCCCAGCGUGCAGCCCAGUGGGUAUGGGCAGAUGGCCCGUCAGAGCCAUGGGCACCACCACCACCAGGGGUACCCCCCGCCCGCCGGGCAGCCCAGCGGAGCCAUGCCAGGACGGGUCACGGUGAAGCAGGAGUUCCUGGACCACCUGGAUGACGUGAAUGACAUCAUUCGGAAUGACAUGACAGCCCUUGAGCGAGAGUACACGUAGAGGACACCCCCGUCUUACUCCGCAGAAAAUGUGUGAGAAUGAAACGAAAAAUCCUCUGGCCUUUUUCUACUUUACACAUUCUUAUUUUGUACUUAAAUCUUUGCCUGCUACAUAUCUUAUGAAUGUUGAUAACAUGAAAUUAUGCCUUAAAUUGCAAGGGCAAUGAAGUAAAUAAUAUCAGUUUUAAUAAUCCUCAACUUUUUUUAUUGUCUUUUUUUGUAACAAUAAGAUUUAUAUAAGGUAGGGUAUUUGCAUUCUGUAUUUAACUGUACAUUUAAUAAUAUGAUGAAGUCAAUCUGUAACUUUUGACCACAUGUAUUGAGAUUGACCUUCCAAAGUUCACCCUACAGUCUGUAAUCUCAUAUAUGUGGAGAUCUAAUAAAAUAUGCAAAAAUCA